CGUUCUCGUCUCUUUCAUUUCUCGCUUGUCACACACAUACACAACGAUUGAUAGAACUAUUCACAUUCCAGAUCAUUGAACUAUGGCUUCAGCCGGGCCUCAGUUUACUGAUAAAGCCGCAAAGGCUCUGGGCGACGCUGCCAAUCUGUGUGAGCAGUACGCCCAUACACAGAUCCUACCUCUUCACCUAGCAGUCGCCCUCUUCGAUCCCCCUCCAGACGAGUCAAAAGAUCAACAGACCACAGUCAACGCCUCACAGCAGAAUGCGUCGGCUCCUCUCUUCAAACAAGUCGUCGAACGAGCCCAUGGCGACAUCCAACAACUCGACAGAGCACUGAAGAAGGCUCUUGUACGGUUACCAAGUCAAGAUCCUCCUCCAGACCAUGUCACCAUGUCGCCCGCUCUUUCCAAAGUGAUCAGAUCGGCCCAGGAACUGCAAAAGACGCAGAAAGACAGUUACAUUGCCGUUGACCAUCUGAUCACUGCUCUUGCCCAAGAUCAAAAGAUCCAAGACUGUCUCCGUGAAGCCAAUAUCCCAAACAACAAACUCAUUGAUGCCGCCAUCCAACAAAUACGUGGUACCAAGCGAGUUGAUUCCAAGACGGCCGAUGCGGAAGAAGAGAACGAGAACCUCAAAAAGUUCACGAUUGACAUGACGCAGUUGGCAAGAGAAGGCAAAAUAGAUCCGGUCAUUGGACGAGAGGACGAGAUUCGGCGUGUGAUUCGUAUUCUGUCCAGAAGAACAAAGAACAACCCAGUACUGAUCGGUGAACCUGGUGUCGGAAAGACCACCAUCAUCGAAGGACUAGCGCAGCGGAUCAUCAAUGCAGACGUCCCUGCCAACCUCGCAGCUUGUAAACUCCUUUCUCUCGAUGUAGGAUCUCUGGUUGCUGGUAGCAAGUACCGGGGUGAGUUUGAGGAGAGAAUGAAAGGAGUACUCAAGGAGAUCGAGAAUUCCAACGACAUGAUCGUCCUGUUCGUGGAUGAGAUUCAUCUACUUAUGGGCGCGGGCGCUACUGGCGAAGGUGGUAUGGACGCAGCAAACCUCCUCAAACCAAUGUUGGCUCGUGGUCAACUACACUGCAUUGGUGCCACGACGUUGAGCGAAUACCGAAAAUACAUUGAGAAAGAUGCUGCUUUCGAGCGACGAUUCCAGCAAGUGCUGGUCAAAGAGCCUACAGUGCAAGAGACAAUUUCCAUCCUCCGUGGAUUGAAGGAGAAAUAUGAAGUUCACCAUGGUGUCACGAUCCUUGACGGUGCCAUUGUUGCCGCAGCGAGCUUGGCUGCCAGAUAUAUCACCCAGCGAAGACUUCCGGAUUCGGCCGUUGACCUCAUCGAUGAAGCGGCGGCAGAUGUUCGUGUCAUCCGAGAAUCCCAGCCAGAAGCGCUCGACAAUCUCGAAAGAAAACUCAGACAGCUCGAAAUCGAGAUUCAUGCUCUCCAGAAAGAAACCGACCCUACGUCAGUUGAGCGUCUGGAAGAGGCUAAGCGCGAAGCAGCCAAUGUGAAGGAGGAACUAGAGCCGCUGAAGGAGCACUACGAACGGGAGAAGGCGCGAUCCAGGGAGCUCCAGGACAUGAAGAUCAAGCUCGACCAGCUGAAGAACAAGCGAGACGAGGCAGAAAGAUCCAAUGAUCUUCAAACUGCUUCCGACUUGACCUACUACGCCAUUCCAGAUGUCACUGCCAAGAUCAAGCAACUGGAAAAUGCUCGAGCCCAAGCCGAUGCAGAACAGCACGCACGACUCGGCGCGAUGGGUGAGGUUUCGCCGACAGACGCAGUCGGCCCGGAACAGAUCAAUGCCAUCGUCUCCAAAAUGACCGGUAUUCCUAUCACCAGACUGCGUGCUUCGGAGAAGGAGAAGAUCCUCCACAUGGAACAGCAUCUGCAGAAGGUGGUUGUCGGACAGAAAGAAGCCGUCAAAGCUGUCUCAAACGCCAUCAGACUCCAACGAUCCGGUCUGGCAAAUCCCAAUCAGCCACCUUCGUUCCUGUUCUGCGGCCCGUCAGGUACUGGUAAGACCUUGUUGACCAAGGCUCUUGCCGAAUUCCUCUUCGACGAUCCAAAAGCCAUGAUCAGAUUCGAUAUGUCAGAAUACCAGGAACGACACUCCCUUUCGAGAAUGAUUGGUGCUCCCCCGGGAUAUGUCGGGCAUGAUGCUGGUGGUCAGCUUACUGAAGCCCUUCGACGCCGACCAUUCUCUAUCUUGUUGUUCGAUGAGGUGGAGAAAGCGGCCAAGGAAGUCCUCACCGUCCUGCUCCAACUCAUGGACGAUGGACGUAUUACUGAUGGCCAAGGUCGUGUCGUUGAUGCCCGAAACUGCAUUGUUGUCAUGACCAGCAAUCUUGGUGCGGAGUACCUCUCACGCAGCAAUACACCAGACGGCAAGAUUGAUCCGACCACAACAGAAUUGGUGAUGAACGCUCUGCGGAACUAUUUCUUGCCCGAAUUCUUGAACAGAAUCAGCUCGAUCGUCAUCUUCAACCGGUUGACUAGGAGAGAAAUCAGGAAGAUUGUCGAUCUGAGACUGGGAGAAAUCCAGAAGCGGCUCGAGGCCAACGACAAGAAGAUACACAUCGAUGCUACCGAGGAAGUCAAGGAUUACCUCGGCGCUGCUGGCUACUCACCUGCUUACGGUGCUCGUCCAUUGCAGAGACUGAUCGAGAAGGAAAUCCUUAAUCGUCUGGCUGUGCUCAUCCUCAGAGGAGCCAUCAGAGACGGUGAAACAGCCAACGUUGUGCUUGAGGAUGGUCGCAUCGUGGUCUUGCCAAACCACACUGACAGUGACAUGGAGGAUGCGGACAUGUAUGAUGAGGACGAUGCUAUGCUGGAGAUUGAGGACGUUACCAACGGAAACAUGGACCUUUACGAGUAGAUGAGUUGCAUUGAUGAUGUUACGAUAGCGAACAGUGCAGGCGGCGUUUAUGGGAACGGAUAAUGGAAAAUUCAGCAGCAUAUGCCCGUGCGGAAAAAUGCAUGGGACAUUGACCAGGUAGUAGGAGUCGUCUUAGGAUAGGCCCAAUCCUAGUAUCAGACACGU